UUACGCAAAAACUACUUUUGGGGGAUCAUUUGUCUUAUUCAAAUUAGCAACAACUGAUAACUUUUCCUCUCUUGCCAUUAUAUUUAAGAUUUGAAAACAUUGUUUUUAUCUUGAAAUUUAAUUUUGUAUUUUUUUCCCGGGCAGGUUAUUACAUAGUUAAAAGUUAGUUCACGCUUUCGUUUACCAAACAAUUGAAAACGAAAAUGAAAGGGAUAUUUAUUGAAAACAUGCACUUCUAAUGUACAUCCAACUCUUUCUUUACAUGGUAUUUUUACCCGAUUUUAAAAUAGCACUACAGCAAUAAAAGCAAAUCACAUUUUUAAAAGAAUUUUUUGUUCUUGCACGAAUUGCAAAAAAAAAAAAUGCUUUUUUUAAUUUUAAUUUCGAUUUUCUUGGUAGCUUGGUCUACUAAGGGGAAUAUCCGAAUUUGGCAUGGAGCAUCUACUAAAAUUUCAAUACAACUGUGACAACUUGCGAAACCCAAAAAACAGCUAAUGCAUGAUAACAGAUUUUAUAACAAUAAAAAAACAACAACAGAGGCUGUCAAUAAUGAACGAAAUUCUCCCUUUGAAUCAAAUCCGAUAGUUGUGCUAGACGUAUCAGAUAUAUCUAUUGACGACAGUAUUUUUAGUUGUGUCUGUAAUAAACGGGCCCGUUUGUUAUCAACUAACAAUGAUAGUUGCGAAAUUGUUUUUUUUCGCCUAAGUUUUUAGUCCUUUUUGUUAUAUACAUAUGUAAUAUGGAUUUGAUUGUUUUUUCGUUUCUUCGCAUGUAUUUUAUUAGAGGAUUUUUCACAUACGAAUUUACUUACCGUGUAAAAAAGAGUUGGACGUGCAUAUUCAUACAUGUACUUUUACAAUGUCUUCUUGAAUUGCCUGUCAUUCUGUAAUUUUGUAAUUCUUAUGCAUAAUGCUUUAAUGUCAUUAAAAUUUUUCAUUCUGAUUACUCCCCUGGUUUAAAAUCAGCUGAAUUCACCGGAAAAAGAAGUACAGAAAAAACUGGCCAAUUCAUUUAACAUGUGGGGUGACGCUAAAUUAUAUUAAAAUAUGAUAUGAAAUAUCCUAUAUUUAUAGAUUGUGUCGUAAAUAUUUACCCAUGGACUAGAACACACACGAUAUACAUAAAUUGUUUUUAAUUUUCUUUUUAAACAAUUCGAAUCAAACCGAGUUGCUCAUCAAUUUUGUUUUUUUAUUUUUCUGCGAAUAUGAAACAGCUGAACAGCACUCUUCCACUAGCUAAGGAAUAAAAAAUGUAAACAUAGAGAGAGUGAGAGUGAAGGAGAUAUUAAACGGCUGUGUAGCGAUGAAAUUUGCGGAUUUUGCUGCGAUUUGUUGAUAUUUGAUAUCUUGUAGCUGUUUUUAAUGCUUAUAAUUAAUGUUAUUAAAAAAGUACAUAAAAGUAUUUUUUUUUUCGUAUAUUUUUGCUGUUGUAACUAGAAACAAUGUUAACUUGAUUUUUUGUUUAUUAUUAUUAUUAUUAUUAUUAUUAUUAUAUUUUUCAUAAAUUUUUGUUUUCUGUUAUAAUUUGUUUGUUUGUCUUUUUGUUAGCUAAAAGACUAAAACUUAGUUAUCUUUCAAUAAAUGGAUAAAAAAAUCAGCUGAAAUGAAAUUCUCAUUUACAGAUAAACGGACCUAAGCACCUAAUUAUUUCGAAAGGGGUUAAAGCAAUGUAAAAGCAAUUGCAAAUAUUAUUUCAAUGCAUCAGUCUUGUUUUAGCGAUUUUUUGUUUUGUUUUCAUUUGUAUGUUUUGAUUAUUGUUUUGCUAACAUUUAUAUGAAAGGAAUUUACUAAUCUUCAUGGAAGGAAGCCUAUGAUUUCUUACGAAAGAAAACGGAAGUAGAGUGCAGCUUAAAGCAACAAGAAAUAACUAUAUCACAAUACGUAAAUUGCGAUCUUUAUCAAGGUAAAUCAAAAACCUGAGAAAUCAAAGAGAAAUAAAUGAACAACUACUUCUAUAUCUCUAUCAUAUUUGAUCUUUAAUUCGAUUGAAUGUAAUGAGUUACAACUGAUGCAAGACCAAAUAAUCCGUAUUUGCUUAUAAUUUAUAAGAUAAUAUAUAUUAAAAAUAAAAUUUCACAGUCUAUAUAUGUGGGCGUAGACAACUGGUAAAGAAGGAUAUUCUGAAAGCUACUAUUUCGAGGGCAAAUUCAAUUCCAUAAAAUGCGUGAUGUUGUGCCUGUGCAGGUAUUGAUGUUGUUGGAAGCUUUGUUUUACUCCAGACAUUCCAGAGACGUUGAUAUUUUUUUUUGUGGGAAAUUUUCUGUAAAGGUUUUUGCUCAUUAUCACAGUCUACUAAGAUUCUUCAACGAAAACCUGAGCUUACCUUUAUUGUUAACGUUCUAUUUCUGAGCUUGCAAUACAGUGUUAGGAAAUAAGAAUUGAUAUAGAAAAAUAUUUCUAAAUAAUCGAGAUAGUCCUGAAGAAAGAAAACAAGCAAUCAUUGAGUUCCAUAAUAGAGAUUAGAAAUAUUACCGACGGAAAUUCCGCAAAUUUCUUUUCCAGUAAUUUAAUCGGGUAAAAUGCGAAAUUGCGAAAUCUAAUUAAGAAAAAUCAAGUAAUCUACUGUUUUGCGACUACUACAACUAUACAACUACUGUCGCAUAUAAGAGCAAACUUCUUAGCAAGUCAUGAAAAGAAAAAGUAAAAAGUUGGCAGCACCUUAUUUUUUUUACAUAUGAAUUAUUUUUUCAUUGCUUAAAAAGAAAUUGUGCUAUCACCUUUUCUCUUCUUCAACUUACCCGUGCUGGGAAUGCGGUUUAUUUGAAUUUUUUCAAUUUUUUCUUACGUGUUGUUCAAAAAAUUGUGUUAAAAGAGGAAACUAUAUAGGAUUUUGAAUAAAAAUGUCGAAAAUAGAUGACAUUACUAUGCAAGUUCGCGCCCGUUUACAUGAACUCUGUAUAAAGCUGUGGCUUCCACCGUAUUAUGAGGGGACAAUUGGGGCGGACGAAAUUGAAAUUGAGAAUUUGGCAGAUCAAUUUAGCCGUAUUCUGGGAAUUUCCAAAUCAGACUGCAGAUUAGCUCUGAUAGAAUUACAAGAGGGCGCAAUAAGAAAAUCGAAAGCACGAGAAGAGUUUGCGACCACAGGUGUUGCCACUUUUAAUGUACGACGUGUCAAUAAUCGAACAGGCACUGAAAGUAUUGUGGAAGUUAAGUGUCCAUUAACAUCUUUGGGCAGUGUGUUACAGAAAAAUAUCGCCAAAAUCUUAGAUAUUGAUGAACCAGAUAGGAUUAAAUGUAUUUCUGCCGGUAAAAUUCUCGAUCCAUGUCAAUCGUUAACGGAUCAAGGAAUUAAAAACAAUCAGCAAUUGAUGUUAAUUAUUAGCGAAGCCGGUAAAGAAGAACAGAUGCAAGAAUUUGUUAUGCACGCUCGUAUACAAAAGAUUAAAGAGGACGUAGAAACUAUUGUCGAUUCCAAUAGCCAUUUAUUCGAGAUGGAAGAUCAAGAUGGUAAUGCUGUAUUUUUACCACCCGCCGAGAAUAGAGCUAUACUAAUUGCUUUGGGUAUUUGUGAGAAGGCUCGCGUGGCCAUAAAACGUGAGAGAUACGAUGAAGCUUUAAUACUAUUAUUAGAAGCUGAUCAGAAAUUUAUCAUUUGUAAUUCAAAAUUUUUGGAGUGUGUCGAUAAUUAUGCAUUACUUAAUUUGGACAUCGUUUGGUGUUAUUUAUGCCUUCAAAAUGUUACGCAACUACCUGAUGCGCAAAGACGUUUGGAAAUUUGCGAAAAAAAUUUUCGUCGCUAUUACGGUGAAAACUUGCAGCGUUUGGAUUACCUUAAAGGUGAGACUUCUUGCGGAAAAGCCCGUAUUAUGCGUUUACAUUUGUUGCAGGGUGUUGUGCUCUUCCAUCAAAAGAAACGAAGUGAGGCCUAUGAAAAGUUUUUAAUCGCCGAGAAUGAAUUGCGUGCCCUCAAAGUGAACGAGAAGUCGAUGAAAACUUUAGUAGAAAUGGGUUAUGAACCUUAUGAGGCGCGAUUAGGCUUGCGGGCUUGCGGUGGUGAUAUAGAGCAAGCGAUCACCUAUAUAAACGCCCACAAUGAGAAAUUGAAUACAACGCGCUCGUGUUCGUUAAAAAAACGUAGACUCAAUCAAGAUUUAUCUUUAGGAAAUCAGAAUGAGAAUUGGGUUAAUCCAACCAGUGUUAAUACUUUGAUCGAAAUGGGCUACCCAAGCAAUUUGGUGAUACAAGCUUUACUUGAUAGUAAAAAUGAUUUAAAUAGAGCCUUGGAUUUAUUGGAGAAUUAUACCGACGAAUUACGCCGUAAAUCGUCUUCAGAUUAUACCGUUGACGCUAGAUUAAUGCAACAAUUGCUACAAUUAGGUUUUGACGAAUCUCACGUACGCAUGGCUUUACAAAUAUCACUAAAUAAUCUUGAGAAUGCCAUUGAUAUUUUAAUUAAAUAUCAUACCGAUUGUGAGGAUAUUAAUAGUUUUAUAAAAAGGAUGACAGCAAUCGCCAAUGAGGAAAAUAUUCCCUCUACGUCUAAUGGUCUGAUUAGUUUGGCUGGAAAGGUUGCGAAAAAAGCUACUAGAGAGAUCGAGUCUUUAAAUGCUUUUAUGCGCUUCAAAGAGGGAUUAACUGACAAUGAAUUAGAUUACAUGGAUUUACCGUUGGCCCAAGAGGAACAAAUAUUGGAGCAAUAUAAGCAUUUAUUAAUAUCAAAAAAAUAAUGUUUCCUUUGUAAAGAAAUUUAUCAAAGUGCUUACUAUUUGUUUUUCUUUC